UGGUCAGCUGUUGUGAGCCGAGACCACGGGGAGGAAAAGCAGAUAUUCCACGUAACGGCCCGAGCGGCGGUGACUUCCCGGCAAAGCCCGUGGAGAUUUCGUGAUUUUUACUGUGCCACGUUGACCUCCACGGAGACAGCAAAGAAGCUGGUCGCUGAGAAAAAAAAAACAAGCAAUAGAGAUCGGCUUUGUUUUGCGCCAGGAAGGGAAAGAAAAUGGAGCUGGAGGACGGAAUGGUGUACCAGGACGACCCGGGCACGUCGGCGAUCAUGUCGGAGCGCGUGUCGGGCCUGGCCAGCUCCAUCUACCGCGAGUUUGAGCGCCUCAUCGGCAAAUACGACGAGGACGUGGUUAAGGAGCUGAUGCCGCUCGUCGUGGCCGUGCUCGAGAACCUGGACUCGGUGUUCGCUGAGAAUCAGGAGCACGAAGUGGAACUGGAACUGCUUAAAGAGGACAACGAGCAGCUCAUCACGCAGUACGAGCGCGAGAAGGCGCUCAGGAAGCACGCCGAGGAGAAAUUUAUCGAGUUUGAGGACUCUCAAGAGCAGGAGAAAAAGGACCUGCAAAACCACAUGGAGAAGAUGAACUCACAUUCACGCCAGCUGGAGCUAAAACUCAAGAACUUUGCUGAUCAAAUAAGCCGUUUGGAGGAGCGGGAGGCUGAACUCAAAAAAGAGUACAAUUCUCUUCAUCAGAGACACACAGAGAUGAUUCAUAACUACAUGGAACAUGUAGAGCGCAUUAAAAUCCUGCAGAUAACCGGAGGAGAGGCCUCAGAUACUGGGACUCUGGGCAGGGUCAGAAAAGAGCGACCUCUUUCUCUGGGCAUCUUUCCCAUGUCUGGUGGUGGUGGGAACAACUCGCAGAUACCUGAUUUUCUAGGUCGAGCGGAGACUCCAGGGACAGAGGGAUGGAGGUUCACUGAUCUCAGCCAGCAUCGAUCGAAUACCAGUCUCAAGCAGCUGGAGGCGGAGGAUCCUCCAAAGAAAAGCGAAUGUAAUAGUGCACAGGAGGCUUGGGGGAAUAUGCUGGCAGACGACUGUAAGGAUGAGCUGUUAGGCUCCAAUUCAGCCACACCUAUGUCCACCACAGCCUCAGAGCCAGGGCUGGACUGUCAGAGGGAAGAUGGUGAUGGUUCCAGCAGGUGUGCUGAGGUGCAGGCUGCUCCAGGGACUCGUUCCAUCUCAACAGGUUUGGCAGAGAAUGAGGACAAGUCUGAUGUGCAAGCUAUUAUCGAGUCAACCCCAGAGCUCCAUCUGGACCUCAGUGGCUACAAAGGCUCCAGCACCCCGACUAAAGGUAUAGAGAACAAGGCGUUUAACAGGAACACAGACUCUCUAUUUGAGGAGCUGUCGAGUGCAGGCUCUGGUCUCAUUGGGGAUGUGGAUGAAGGUGCUGAUCUCCUGGUGGAGUACUCUGACCUGAGUUUGCUUGGAAUGGGUCGAGAAGUGGAGAAUCUCAUUUUGGAAAACACACAGCUGCUGGAAACGAAAAAUGCACUGAAUGUGGUAAAGAAUGACCUGAUCGUCCAAGUGGAUGAGCUUACAUCUGAGAAGGAAGUUCUUCAAGGAGAGCUCAACACACUUCUGCAGACGAAGGCCAAAUUGGAGGAGAAGAACAAAGAGUUUGAGGAAGAGCUCAAGAAAGUUCGGGCUGAAAUGGAGAGUGCCAAAUUGAAUAACAAAGAGGAAGAUGAUAGUGAUGUACCCACAGCUCAAAGGCGUCGGUUCACCAGGGUAGAGAUGGCACGUGUGCUGAUGGAAAGGAACCAGUAUAAAGAAAGGUUGAUGGAACUCCAGGAGGCUGUCAGGUGGACAGAAAUGAUCCGUGCUUCCAGGGAAAACCCUACUCUUGCAGAAAAGAAGAAGUCCAGCAUCUGGCAAUUCUUUAGCCGGCUGUUCAGUCCCUCGUCCGCCAGCAGCAGCAGCAGCAGCAGCACCAGCAGCAGUGCAGUAAAGCCUCCUCCUUCUAAUGUCAAGUACAACCCACCCAGUGCCAUGAGGAAGAGCAGCACCUUUUCCCAGUUCCCCACUGAGCGUUCCAAAGCCUUUGACUUUCUCAAAGAUGAAGUGGACUUAUGCAGUUCUCCAUCACGUAGAGAGCAGAAAAAGGCUCAGUACAGGCAGGUCAAAGCUCACGUACAGAAGGAGGAUGGGCGGAUGGCAGCUGACGGCUGGAGUCUGCCUAGUAAAUACAAGGAAGCAAAUGGAAGGCAAACAGAAAAUAAGAUGAACUUGCCGGUGCCUGUGUACUUGAGACCGCUGGAUCAGAAAGAUUCUUCAAUGAAGCUGUGGUGUGCAGCUGGUGUGAACCUUGCAGGUGGGAAGCCACAUGAGACAGGCUCAGGUGUAUGUGUUAAUGACUCUGGAGCUGAUGGAGAGACCUCCAGACCAAGGAAUGGCUCUCAAAGCAGCCUGGAUCAACAGGAGCAGCACCACAAGGAGCAGGAACGAGAGGUGUCGCAGAUGGACAUGUCCAGCCGUGUUUGGAUUUGCACCAGUGCACAAUCCUCCACUAAGGUUAUCAUCCUGGACACCACGCAGCCCUCUGCACUGCUGGAUAGCUUCUACGUCUGCAACUCCCAUGUGCUGUGCAUUUCCAGCGUGCCAGGUGUACUUGAGACAGACUUUCCUGCUGGAGAAGAAGUUCCUCAGGAUUCAGAGGCAAGACUUGAAGCUUCACUGACAGGUAGUUUGGCCAGUAACAGCUCACAUGGCAGUGAGGGAGCUCUAAGUGGCAUCUCAGCUGUUGGCUGUACAGCAGAAGGGGCAGGGUCUGGAGCUCAGACAGGUGGCUCAGGAACCAAUGAGCUUUCGGCAGACCUCAGUCCUGUAAGAGGUAGAGUGGAGUUGUCUAGGGAACCCAGUCCCAGUGAAGACGGCGUUCCCACAGCAGAGGAAGCCACUGAGGCUACUGAGGAAGAGGAGGAGGCAUCGGGUACAGACACCAGCCAGCCUGGCAUUUACACUGAGCAUGUAUUCACAGAUCCACUGGGAGCGCAGCCCACUGAGAGCUCAACAGCCACAGACAGUGUGCGGGAGUCAGGUCAAGAGAAUGAUGGAGCAGCUUCUCCAGGCAACGAGCAGGACAAAAUCAUGCAAGACACUCAGAGGAUGAGUAGCACCCUGCCUACCAUGUGGCUGGGAGCUCAGAAUGGCUGCCUGUAUGUGCACUCAUCUGUGGCCCGGUGGAGAAAGUGUCUCCAUGCAGUAAAGCUGAAAGACUCCAUUCUUAAUAUUGUCCAUGUUAAAGGAAGAGUGCUUGUAGCUCUUGCUGAUGGUACUCUUGCCAUCUUCCACAGAGGCCUAGAUAGCCAGUGGGACUUAACCAACUAUCAUCUGUUGGACCUGGGCCGGCCGCACCACUCCAUCCGCUGUAUGUCAGUAGUACAUGAUAAAGUGUGGUGUGGCUACAGGAACAAGAUCUAUAUUGUCCAUCCCAAAGCAAUGAAGAUUGAGAAGUCAUUUGACGCUCAUCCUCGUAAAGAGAGUCAGGUGCGUCAGUUGGCCUGGGUGGGUGAUGGGAUCUGGGUCUCCAUCCGGUUGGACUCCACCCUGCGUCUAUUCCAUGCGCACACCUUCCAGCAUCUCCAAGACGUGGACAUUGAGCCAUAUGUCAGCAAGAUGCUGGGCACAGGUAAACUGGGCUUCUCUUUUGUGAGAAUCACAGCGCUCAUGGUAUCCUGUAAGCGGCUCUGGGUCGGGACAGGAAACGGUGUCAUCAUUUCUAUCCCUUUAUCAGAAUCUGUGGGUCUGCAGCAUGGAGUUCUCAGGCUAAGGGCUAACAGGAGUGUUGGUGCGAUAGCGAGCCGGCCCGGUGGUGCAGUACGUGUCUUUGGGGAUGAGAGUGCGGACGGUGGGACGGUGGGCUCGUAUGUUCCUUACUGCUCUAUGGCUCAUGCUCAACUUUGCUUCCAUGGUCACAAAGAUGCAGUCAAGUUCUUUGCUGCGGUGCCAGGUCAAUGUGUUCCUCCAGCAGCAGCAGCAGCACCUAACAGCAUACCUGAAGACUCACACUCUCCUUCCUCAGACAGUCCUUCACGACAGCAGCUUCCGAAAUUCAUGCUGGUCAUGAGUGGGGGGGAGGGAUACAUCGACUUCAGGAUGGGUGACGAAGAUAGAGAAGUAGUAGCCGAGGAACCACUAGAACCCACCCUGCAGCUGCAGUCUGCUCCCACCACCAGCGAUCGCAGCCACAUCAUAGUCUGGCAGGUUGCCAUCAAUGACGAGUGAGCGGCCAAUCACUGCCUCAGGUUCAACAGAGAACUCCGCCCUCUCAAAGCCACCCUGUGGCCUGCUGUUACAUUUUUUUUAUCACAAAAAUUACUAGAAUUGUGAUUCCCAUGAUUAUUAUUAGAAGACGUACAGCAACCGAGUUCAUAGGUGAUGCUUUUGUUUUUGUGAUUUUUUUUUCUUGAUGUUUUAUUACUUUCUAUUUUCAUCCAUGCCAAGGCAUAAAGUCAAAGGGAAUCUAGAAAAUAAGGGAUAAGAGAAGAAGUAAAUUCAUCCAUCCAGGACUGUACAGUUUUAGUGACUUUAGUACUGAAGCACAGAGAACAGUUAAAGAAAACACAUGCUUUGAGUUUACACCAUGACUAAUCAUAUAAUUGCACAUAUAUAAGUCCCCCUGUUCAAGUUAUUUGUUUGUCUCAAUAGGAAAAAGACAGAGACAAAGGCUACAACUGUGACACUACAACUGGUGUCGCAGUAAAAUCGUUUGAGCAACAGAAAGCUAUUUUUGCUAUCCGUUUGGCAUGCGUUCUGUUCGCAGAACAGUCUCAGAACUGUAAAGGCAUGGUCUGUCUUGUCGUGUGUGAUGUAUGUGUGUGUGUAUGUGUUAGUAAGAAUGAAGUAGUCAAGUGUGUUGUAAAAGCCCUAGCACUACAUUCUGCCUCAUGUGGUAGCACAGUACGCUAGAGCUUGCUGGCACUUUAAAAUAGUGACCAACAUUAUUAGAUCUAAACUUGGAUCUAUCCUUAUUCUAAAUACACUUUUUUUUUCUCCCAAAAAGGGGCUAGCCUGUUACCAAAGGAAAAACUGUAGACAUAACAGCCUCUAAUUAUUUGCAUUCCAUUUAAGCUUUUUAUUUUUUGGACUUUCACUACAAAAUGUUCAUAUUUAAGAACAAACUUUUUUAAGGUCUCAUUUCUUGACAGGGAUUUUAUCAGAACCACUUUUCAUCGCACCUUACAUCGUUUGUCUCAUUUAAAAAAAACAAAAAAAACAACGAGUGUUUACACGUCUGGUCUUCGAUGCUGAAACCAGUUUGUUUUUAUUCUUAUCUCUGUGUCAUUUAAAAAAAACAUUUGUCUUUAGUGCGGUCUGUUCAUAUUAAAGCACAGCAGGCCAGUGUUUAACUUACCUUUUUUGUAUUUGAAGGAAAUAAUUAACAGGCAGUCUGUUUUUCUUUGAUUAUUCCACUAAGGGAAUAUUCAUAUUGGUGUUUUGCCAUUCCAGUAUUUAUUUUAUUUUUUUCAUAAUGAAUUUUAUGGUUCCGAAUGUAACUUUAUACAUGCACAUUCUAACAGUUUGUGUAAUAUCAGGCACUCAAAAUGGGUUUACGUGUUGUGUUAUUGCAGACUUUGUGAAGGAAUUGCAUUAUGACUGGUUGAUAAGUGUAACAUCAUGGAUUAGAAUGUGUGGGAUAUACAGAAUACACUCUGUGGAUCUUAAGGAAUUCAGCAUUCAUUGUACUAAGCUAUGCAUGUUUUUUUUAAAAGGACACUGCAAUGUGUUUGUUCAUAUCCCUGAUUAUUGCCACCUUUUUGGGUGGACUAGUAUGUGUGUGUAUGACUGAUGUCGAACCACUUGUGUGUGUGUGUGUGUGUGUGGGUGUGUACGAUUACUUGGUCCCUUAAACGACACAGGAUGUGCUGUGGUUGUCACAGCUUGUCAUUACUGUGUUUUUUUUCCUGUUCAAUGUUUGCUACAACAGCAUCAUAGCUUUAUUUUUAACAAUCUAAUAAAGUCAGUUUCAUGGGAAUUAACCGCA